AAACGAACAGCCCGAGCUCUCUAUGCGCAGAAUUCCGGACUGAUGGACGACGAUACACGCGGGCGCAAUUUGGCGCCAUUCGCCGCCAAGGACAGGGCUGAAAUGCAAAACCUGUGGAAGUUCAAAGUCAACCGAACUGAAGCCGAGCAGUGGGUUCUGCGUGACAUGAAGUUCCUAAUAUACGACGACUCGGACGAAAAGACCGACGUAUACGGCACCGGGGAGUACGUUGAUGGCCAAGAGGACCGAAGGGCAGUAGAUAGUGUUGCACUGUCGCUCAAGGCUGAGGAGGUAUCACCUGGCGCUGCCCCUACACCGGCCCCUCCCUCGAGCGACGCCGGCCCAUCAGUGACCUUCGAUUGCUUCCCUUGCGAGUGUGGUAGGGUUGGUUGCGAGAAGACACGCGGCGCAGGGCAUUUCAAGGACUGGAGAGAUUCGCCGACGGUAGAUGUCAGCUCCUGGUCGUCGGACAAGUGUGGUGACUGUGAACUCUCGGAACGCGAAUGCUACGAACGGAAGCGAAACGCUGGAGAAAAAUCGCAUACGUGCAAAAUCUGCACCAGGGUUCCCGAGUUCCCCAGCGACAGGAAGACCCGCACAUUCCGCCUCUUCAGCCCGAGCGUUGAGUGCCCGGAGAUUGUGGAAACCCCCGACUGCGACAACAUCUGCGGGCACUUUGUGGCCAUCUCGCACUGCUGGCCGCUGCCGGCGCUGGAUGGGUGCGGGGAAGAUCAAAAGCCCAAGACUUGUCGCGUGCGCGAAAAGGACGGGACGACACGCACUGCCCGCGCUCUGGACGAUGUCCUCGACCGCGCCGUCGAUUUCGCCAAUAUGGUCGGUUUCCGCAUGAUCUGGAUCGACCACGAGUGCCUGCCACAACCAACUGAGGAGAGUCCGCAAGAGGAUAAGGAGUACCAGCGAAUCGGUGUUCAGGCCAUGGAUAUGGUUUAUCAAAGAGCACUGGUAACGGCCAGCCUUCACGAAGGACUCGUGGUUAGUCAGCAGCAGGUCGACGCCAUCGAUACGCUCCUAGAUCCGAGCAAUUCCAGCCUUAUAUUCGAGAUUUACAACCCUCCCAGCCCCGGUCAACCAAAUGAGUUCCGGCUGGCAGUAACACAUGCUAUCGAAUUCUUACAAGCAGUCGUAAAUGACCGCUCUUAUACCCGUGCGUGGGUGGCCCAGGAAGCAGUCAGUGCAGGGAUUCAACGUUUCCUCGUAUUCCGUAGGGCACCUGCCGUCGUAGGCAGGACGCGGCUCCGUGGGGCCAAUAGCAUCAGCCACAAAGGCCGGCCACGGCACAGCCUGGACGAUCAGGAGCCUAAACUGCCAUUUGAGGUUAUCGGCAUCGCUCAGAACGAGUUCUACCUGCUUCUUAGGAAGUUAAAGCUGUGUUAUCGCUCCUUUGGAAGACCUUCGACCUGGGACUUGAGACUGCUGCAUCACAACGCUCUUUCGACCAUACGAGCCGCCGAAGCCCUCCAACCCAACUUGACUCUCAAGGACAGUGGGUGGUUGGAGCCCCGGAUAAGCUUGCCCACUUUGUACGGGGACGACAGAAAAGCCUUGAGCGCUGCUACAGCGCUCACCCUACUUAGCACCCGCGAGUGCCGCGAUACCCAAGAUCGCAUCCCCAUUUUGGCCAACAUGUGCCGCUACGAGCUCCGCAUCGAGACGGCCGACGCGGUGGCAAAUUGCAGGUCGCUUCGCGUUGCUAUACUGUCUCUCGCUCUGCUCAACUCGGACUUGUCCCUAUUGGUGCCCGAGAUGUAUUGGUGCCGAGAAACAACCGUCAGCGACGAUGGAAAUACAUUGCCAGGCUGCAUAUGCGACGUGCGGUACGACGGUGGGCUGUUCUCUCCGUUCGACAGGCACCCGGGAAAUAUAAGCGACCCUGACCCGCAGAGUUUCGAUCGCUUCAAGCCGACCACCAACAGAGAACUGUACGGGGCAGGUCCGGUCGAGGGCGGCCUGCGAAUGGCCGCAUACCUAUGGACGGCUGAAAAGGAGCUGGACCUAGGCUUCCUUCGUGACCAGCACUGCGACACCUGGAACAGUCUCAAAACCAUCAUAGUUGAUUGCGAAGGGAGUUCUGAUGCCCGUAUUCGCCAGAUGGGAAAGCGGCUUGAGCCCGGCAUCGACGUGAAAUUUGAGAGAGGGAUUCGGGCGGAGGUCAUGCGCUCCGAAGAUGGCAUCCUCCCAAAAUCUUCGGCUCUGUGGGGCGACCUGCCACCUGGUGAUGAAAAAUUCCGACUGGGUUUCGACACGGACAGGAUUGAAGAGAACCCCCCAAUGCAGCAGACACUCGCCGAGGUGGUAUUCGACAUCCUGGGCAAAAUAAGCCGUUUUCCACACCCGCUCGCGGCUGGAUUGGCCGACAGCAUCUGGCAAUCGCUACGGGUCGGUGUCGUGCCCGGAGGGCAACCAGAUCUCCCCGAUGUUGUCUGCGACGAGCUUUUUGCCCAUCCGGAUGUUGUGGCCCAACCAUUUGAAACGCUGAAGCUCGACAAGGACAUGACUAACCUUGGCGGUGGCUAUCACCAGACCUGGUUCGUUGAGCGCAUCAUGCAGCGGGGCAAACUUUGGGUAUGGCGGUACAACCGCCCUGCCAUCAGCGAGGCAGCACAGCAGGAGACGCCUGCGGAUACCGACAUCUGGGCACAGGAUGCCACACGCGGCCUUGGUGGUAGACCCACGGUAUUGGCAGGAAAAGGGAAAGAGCCCGAGAUACCUAACGAAGCCGCUGGGCCACGUGGGUUGGCUAUCUCAUUUUUGAGGUCCGAUACGCGGCUGUUCCAGUUUAUCGACAGUAUGAGGUUCAUAAGGACUGGCACCUGGACUCGCGACUUCCGAACGACGGAAUAUAGAGACAUCGAGGCGCCCAAGAGAGCUGGCGUCGAAGCUGAUAUUCUGCGAAGGCAGGCUAUGGAGCGGCGACUGCGGGACUUGUACAUGGGCUUCGCCUACAGGUACAUGGACGACAUCCCGGGGCUCCCCAAGCUGGGCACAGGUAACCUGAUCGCAUUCGCCCUUAAGAUGGAAAAGUUGCGGGACUUUGGUAGAGGGGGCCUUAUCGCUGAACAAGACCUAGGCCCAAGGCCACUCGCGGCCACGUUUGACGUCGACGGGUCCUGCGUGGUGGCGACCCCAUACAACCCCGCCUGGGAGGUGAUCCCGGCGCCCGCCAUGCGGAGCAUGAGCACCUGCUGGGUCGUCGAGGAGGUGCCCGACGACGCGGGCGGCGGAGGCGACGAAGAGCAUGACGCCGUGGCUACGGAGAGCACCGCGGCGGGCCAAGGAGAAGAAGACGCGCCCGGCCCUGGCGGCGGCGGCUUGGAAGAGGCUGAGGAGGGGACCAAACAGGAGGCAGACCAGAACGAAGCUAGAAACUGGAUGCCUUCGCUUUUGGCUUGGUGGCGCAAUUGGUUCGUGACAGAAACUGCGAGGGGGAAGCAGAGACGACAAGGUUUGGGGAACGAUCAGGCCAGCAAAUACCCGCAAAGGGGGAACAAACGCACUCUCGACAACCCCUUCGGCUACGCGUCGCGCCGUUUCAAGGUUGUUCGGAAGGUUAAAGGCAUGAGGAAGAUCAUGGAUCUACCUGACCAGACGCACAUAUUUGAGUAAGACUCAAGAUCCCAAACUACAACCCCCCGCUCGUCCGUCUCCUUCCAGAUCGCCAUGGAGAUGGGCGGCACCUGGUCCGGCUGCGCAGUCCUCGAAUCCGCGACUUUGGCGAUGUACAGGUCGGCUAAGGGUGCGACCCUUGCGACCAAGGCCGGGACGUGGGUGCAAUGCCUAAAGGUGUUCAAGGGUUGAGUAGAAUUGUUAGUGUCGCGCGCUUUCCUGUUCUUAUUCUUUUCCUGUUCUUGUUCCUGUUGUCAUUCCUAUUGUUAUUGCUUUAUAUACAUAUAUUAUCUGAUUCUUUCGCGCAUUACCCG